GCUUACACUUCAUCACAAGCAUCGACUUUAAUGCUCUGGAGGACUGUGAAUCACAAGGACUAACACAAAACAGGGACAUACCAAGAUCCACCAUGUCAUCAUGCAAUGAAAACUACAACUGCAGACCACCUCCCUUCCUCGAGCGGAUAUUCCAAAAGUCAACCCCUGAAGAUCAACCCCAGGACCUGAAGAAAUGUCUGAACCUCUUCGACCUGACGGUUCAGGGGCUAGCGCACAUAAUCGGGACUGGCAUCUUCAUCAUGACACCGGGUAUAAUAAAGAUGAUAGCUGGGCCUGGUAUGGUGGUAUCCUAUCUCAUAGCGGCAGCAGUCCUGGUUUUCACCGUCCUCUCUUACAUGGACCUUGGAGCUAGGUUCAAAGGUAUUGGGAACGCGUAUGUGUACGUAUACGCUGCUUUGGGAGAGUUCGCUGCUGGACUUAUUGGCAUCUUCAUACUCACCGAGCUUGCCCUGGGUCUUGCCCUGGUGUCCGUUGGGUUUGGUCAGAAUGUAGAAAUGUUUUUCCUGAAUGGUCACGGUCGUAACCUCCACAUCGAGUACUCGGGCUCGCAUCUUAUAAAAUAUUUCGCCCAGAACGUCAACAUCAUGGCAAUCCUCCUGAUCGUUAUCUGCUGCUGUAUAAACUGUGCAGGCAUCAAGAAGGUAGUGUUCACUAACAUUUUCACAGUGUCCUACAGCAUCUUAGCUCUGACCAUGUACUGCAUACUAUCUCUGAUAUACGGAAGUAACAGCACAUUCGCCCACUCCACGGAUCCUGAUACUGGGAGAGGAGGAGUAUUUCCUUAUGGAGCUGCUGGUGUGAUUACUGGAGCAGCAGUCACAGUGGUCUCUUACGGUGGGUUUGAAACAGUUGUGAGUCUCUCAGCGGAAGCUAACAACUCUAAACGAGACGUUCCCCUGGCGAUCGGACUGAGUUUUGGGUUAACAACUGUGAUCUACGUGUCUGUUACCUUGGCUAUCGUGUAUCUUGCUCCUUGGUAUAGCUUAGAUGAAGGUACUGGCAUACCGGGAUCUUUAGAAGCGCACGAUCUAACCAUUCCAAAGCACAUCAUCAUUGGAGCUAUCAUGAUGGCGUCCGCUAGUCUUGUCUUGUGCACACUCACCACACUGGCACGAGGACUCAUGGUCCUCUCUGAAGAUGGGCUCAUAUUCAAAUGUCUGAGUUGUGUGGCAGAGUGUACUAAAGUACCGAUUGCUGCUACAGUCACCGCGGCAGGUAUAACUAUUGUCUUCACACUUGCCUUCUCCUACGAGAUCUUGAUUCAUCUGGUAUCCGGUGGAGCCUUGCUAACGUUCGCUGCCGUGUGCUACUGCCUCAUCGUUAUUUCCUACACCAGAACCACGAAACCUGUGACCGAAUCUUCGAGGCUCAUCGAAAAUGAAGUGCUGCCAAGCGAAGCAGAGUCAACAACAUCAUCACUAGAUCUUGAGGAGACAGCAGGUUAUAUUCAACAUCAGGAAUGGAAGGUCGUGUUCUGGAUGGCAUCUUUCUGGAAACUUCUAGCGGUCGCUAUAAUCCUAUUUUACUGGCCCACUGGUUGGGACUUCUGGCAUGUUCGUGUGCCACUGAUGGUACUCUUGGGGUUGAUUAACAUAUCUAUACUGUCGUACAUCAAGUUUAACUACUACAUCCAGCCUCAGACAGAUCCUGGCUUUGUGUGUCCAGGAAUACCGUUUGUGCCGGCCAUGGGCAUAACUCUGAAUCUGGCCUUGUUCAGUGCGCUUGAUUUAUUAGCCCAUUUGAUGACUGUGGCAUAUUUUGCUGUUGGAUUUGUGAUUUAUUUUGGGUACGGGUAUUUUCAUUCAAGGAUCACAUUGAGGAAGCAGAAAGAGAUGGAGAUAAAUUUUAAUAAUGAAACUCAAGAAAUGAGAAUGGAAUAGUCUUAAAUUUUAAUGCUAAAUUAGAUUUUAAUAUUAGAAAUUUGUAGUACUCAAUAGCGUAAAAAUAAUCCGAUAUCAUUCCUUCACUCGAGUAUUUCCGUGUUACAACAAAUCUCUGUCAAGAAUAUUUAUUGGUGAAAAUAGCGAAAAUUAUUGUGAACGGUUUGUAUCAAGAAAAGUACGGCUAUUUGCCUUUAAUAAGUAGUACUAUUUUCGAUAUCCCUCUUUUUACAAUAUCAUACAUAAUACAAUCAACAAUAAUAAUUACUUAAUAUAAUAUAGUUAUGCUGGAUUUUGUGAUUAAACAUGGUUUCUUUUAUGUUGAUUUUCUGUUUUUGCAUCUAAAUUAAUGUUUUGUAGCUUAUA